CACUUCCCUUCAAUUCACUUAAGCGACUUGUUUUGUGUAAGUACCGUGAGAAGAGCAGGAAAGCAUGGCUGACCUUGGUAUCAAAGCAGGGGACAAAGUGUUGCUGGUGUGGACUCAGUUGUCAACACCAGAAACCUUGAAGCAAUACGCGGAGGAACUUGGGGCAGCAGUGGGUGCAGAUGGAAAAGUCUCAGUGGAGAACAUGGAGAGACUGUCACUCUCCUCUCACGCAGCUUCGUCCUUUGACUGGGUGCUCUCCUGUCUUUUGGCCGACUGCUCCUACAGCCACAGUCCAGACACUUUAGCCGAGAUGGUCCGAGUGCUGAGACCUGGUGGGAAGCUGCUCCUGGAUGAACCAGUCACAGGCACAGAAGCACAAACGAUGAGGACUGCAGAGAAACUCGUGUCGGCUCUGAAGUUGUCUGGCUUUGUGUCGGUAACAGAGGUCAGUAAAACGGAGCUGAGCCCCGAGGCGCUGAGCUCCCUCAGAGCAGCCACUGGUUACCAAGGAAACACUCUGACCAGAGUCCGCGUGUCUGCCUCCAAACCCAACUACGAGGUGGGAUCCUGCAGCCAGAUCAAACUGUCGUUUGGGAAAAAGACGCCGAAGCCUGCAGAGAAACCAGCUCUGGAUCCCAACACUAAGAAAAUGUGGAUGCUGUCGGCGAACGACAUGAAUGACGACGAUGUGGACCUGUUGGACUCCGACACUCUUCUCGACGAGGACGACCUGAAGAAGCCAGACCCAGCUUCUCUUAAAGCUUCAAGCUGCGGCGAAGGAAGUGGAAAGAAGAAAAAAGCCUGCAAGAACUGCACGUGUGGGCUUGCUGAAGAAUUGGAGCAGGAGAGCAAAGAGAACCAGAAAACCAACUUACCAAAGUCUGCAUGUGGAAGUUGUUAUCUUGGCGAUGCCUUCCGCUGCGCCAGCUGCCCGUACCUGGGAAUGCCAGCGUUCAAACCGGAGGUCACGAACACAAACAUCGCUUUUCAGGACAAGCCAAAACGUCCCACAACGCUUCAGGACAUCAACAUUCCUCUGUUUCCAUCCACUCAGAACUCGCCAGCCCCUCGGGAGAGAGGGGGGGGGUGGUUCUCACUGCGAUGUCGUUUCCCAUGA